UUCCCAACCCCCGGCGCCUGGGAUAUCUGAGAGGGAGGUUUUAAGCGUGUCCGAGAUGGCGAGCGUGCUGUCCAGGCGCCUGGGGAAGCGAUCCCUGCUAGGCACCCGCGUUGCUGCUCCCAGCGCCUUGGCCGAAGGGGUGCUGGUGGCCACCCAGAUCCCCGGCUUGCAGACCGACCUCGGCCGAGCAUCUGCUCACCUGGUGCCACGAGAGGACGGGUCCUUUGUGCCACCAUCGGAGGAGACCAGCCAGGCACCCCGGUUCCCCAGCCCCAGCUGCCGGCAGCUCCACACCGGGCAGCAAGUCCUUGUCGCCUACAACGGGCAGGAGUGCGCCGGUCUCGCGGAGCAGCACAACCCGCUGAGUGACAAGGUGAAGGUGCUGCUGCCGGAGCAGGGCUCACAGGCGUGCUGGAGGGUGCAGGACGCGCAGCCGGCUGCGCUCCAGCCCCCUGCCCUGCCCGCGGCCGGCGGUCCCGGCCCUGCCGAGGUGCUGCAGAGAUCUGUAUCCAGCAAUAUCGACGUACCCAAGAGGAAAGCUGACGCCGCUGUGGAGAUGGAUGAGAUGGUGGCAGCCAUGGUGCUGACGAGCCUCUCCUGCAGCCCCGUGGUGCAGAGCCCUCCCGCCAGCGAGAGUGGCAUCCCCUCCUCCCGGGUGCCGUGUGAUCCCUGGAAGGAAAAACCUCCCCCCCCCCCCCCCGCGGGCAGCCCCAAGUACUCCAGUGAGGCCCUGAGCUCCCCCAGGGCAGACGACGGCUUCGAGACCGACUCCGACCCCUUUCUCCUCGACGAACCUGCUCCGCGCAAGAGAAAGAAUUCGGUGAAGGUGAUGUACAAGUGCCUGUGGCCGAGCUGCGGCAAGGUCCUGCGCUCCAUCGUCGGCAUCAAGCGGCACGUCAAGACCCAGCACCUUGGGGACAGCGCAGACUCUGACCAGCGGAAGCGGGAGGAAGAUUUCUACUACACCGAAGUGCAGGUGAAGGAAGAGCCGGCGCCAGAGGCGGGCCGUUGCCCGCCCGCGUCUGCAUCCGCCCCCAUCAUCAUCCAGCAAGCCCUGGCAAAGCCUGAGGCACUGCUGGUGGAGCAGCCGGCACUGGAGCCCGCCCUGGCCAGCAGUGCCCUCAGCCAGUCAGCCCCCAGCUCCUUCUGGCACAUCCAGGCUGAUCAUGCCUACCAGGCGUUGCCCUCGAUCCAAAUUCCAGUGUCCCCCCACAUCUUCACCAGCAUCAGCUGGGCCACUGCCACCUCAACUCUCCCGUCCCUGUCACCGGUACGGAGCCGGUCGCUCAGCUUCAGCGAACCCCAGCCACCGACGCCGAUGCUCAAGUCCCACCUGAUCGUCGCCUCGCCACCCAGGGUGUCCAUCGGUACCAGGAAAGUCCGCGGUGAAGCCAAAAAGUGCCGUAAGGUGUAUGGCAUCGAGCACCGGGACCAGUGGUGCACGGCCUGCCGGUGGAAAAAAGCCUGCCAGCGCUUCCUGGACUGAGCGCAGCACCACGGUGCCGCGUCCCUCCCCUGCUCCUGCCCAGGGAGCACCGGAGUCCCUCACUGCUGCAACCAGGGACCUUGGAGGUACCUCCUGUCACCCCAGAAGACACCUCCAGAGCUGCGUGUAAAUUCCUCCUUCUGUAUAUUGUACAUC